GAACUACAUUUCCCACAGUGCCGCAUCCCCCGGAUCUGGAAGGAGUAACCGGGUAUAUGUGCGUGUGUAUGCAGAGGAAGCGACGCUGCUGUUUCGUUUGAAAGAAGUUUCGCAGAGAAGUCCUGGAAGAUGUCUGACGAUGAAGGCGCCCCGCCCAUGGCGAAGAAGUCUCGUAUCUAUUACGGGAGCCUGGAGGAGCGCGAGCGCGAGCGACUGAGCAAGGGGGCUGGGAGCUCUCUGGGCAGAGAGGCGGUCCGCGCCGGGAUAGACGCGGGGAACAUUAACCUGGCCAGCGGCGAGGCGUUCGAUUUGGAAGACCACGUCAGCGAGCGACAGGCGGAGGUGCUGGCGGAGUUCGAGCGCAGGAAGCGGGCGCGGCAGAUCAACGUGUCCACGGACGACUCCGAGGUGAAGGCGUGUCUGCGCGCUCUCGGGGAGCCAAUCACGCUGUUCGGGGAGGGGCCUGCAGAACGCAGGGAGAGGCUGCGCAAUAUCCUGUCUGUGGUCGGGACGGACGCUCUGAAGAAGUCUAAGAAGGAGGACGAGAAGUCAAAGAGACCGCAGGACGAGUUCCAGCAGACCUGGUACCACGAGGGUCCCGAGACCCUGAAGGCUGCCCGCCUCUGGCUGGCUCGCUACUCGCUGCCCAGGGCGAUGGAGAGACUGGAGGAGGCCAGAAAACUAAAGGAGGUUCCCGAGGCGUCGCGCACAGCACGGCAGCAAGAGAGGCACACGGCCCUGCGGGGCCUGAAUAACUUCUGCAGCCAGAUCGGUGACGACCGGCCCAUCUCUUCCUGCCAGUUCAGCCCCAACUCCAAGCUGCUGGUCACCGCGUCAUGGAGUGGACUCUGCAAGCUGUGGUCAGUUCCAGAUUGCAGCCUGAUUCGCACCCUCAGAGGUCACAACACCAACGUGGGCGCCAUGUCCUUCCACCCGCAGGCCACCGUCUCCCUGGACGAGAAGGAUGUCAACAUGGCUUCCUGCGCUGCAGACGGCUCUGUGAAGCUCUGGAGUCUCGACAGUGACGAGCCCGUAGCGGAUAUCGAGGGGCACACCGCCAGGGUCGCGCGGGUCAGCUGGCACCCCUCCGGCAGGUUUCUGGGCACAACCUGCUACGAUCACUCGUGGCGCCUCUGGGACCUGGAGGCUCAGGAGGAGAUUCUGCACCAGGAGGGGCACAGCAAGGGGGUGCACGACAUCGCCUUCCACCCCGAUGGCUCGCUGGCUGGGACUGGGGGUCUGGAUGCGUUCGGCCGGCUGUGGGACCUGCGCACGGGCCGCUGCAUCAUGUUCCUGGAGGGACACCUGAAGGAGAUCUACGGGCUCAGCUUCUCCCCCAACGGGUUCCACGUGGCCACAGGAAGUGGAGACCACACCUGCAAGGUGUGGGACCUGCGGCAGAGGAAGUGCAUCUACACGAUCCCCGCCCACCAGAACCUGCUGUCUGGGGUCAAGUUUCAGCCCACUGACGGUCACUACUUGCUGACCGGCGCCUACGACAACACUGCCAAAGUGUGGACGCACCCGGGCUGGUCCCCGCUGAAGACGCUGGCCGGGCACGAGGGCAAGGUGAUGGGGCUGGACAUCUCUCUGGACGGGCAGCUCAUCGCCACCUGCUCCUACGACCGCACCUUCAAGCUGUGGAUGUCAGAGUAGCAGCCCAGACAUGCGUGCAGGCUGCUGUCCCGCUGUACUGUCACCAAGCUGGGCUUAUCCCAGAGCUUAGCUUCCAUGAUACUCGGGACUUCUGUUGUGUUCUUUAUUUGCAGAUGAGAAAACAAAACUCCCACCAGUCCAUAUCCACGAGAGUGUGUUUGACUGCUGCUCAUAAAGAGGCUUCACUGCACACGCUCACUGGAACUGAGGCUGCUGUCAGAGUUAGAAUCGGAAAUGGCUCAGGCUGCUGGUUUCCAUGGUUACAGCUGACCUUGUAUUCCGAUCUCUUUGUGUCUGCAAUGUAUUCAUUCAAACAGAGCAUUGGGGUUUCUUUAGCAAAGCUACUUUUUAAUGUGUUAAAAAACAUGCAUGUGUUUUAUAUAUAAAAAAAAAAAUCUCUUGUACAGAAUUUGUGUUAAUAGUUUUUUAAACAGAAAUUAAAACUGCAACAACACCA